AUGACUCCCGUUCCUUCAUCGUCAUCGUCAACGAAGCCAGCCAAGUUCGACCUCGUCCGACUGCUCUCGGAGAUCCAGAGCGACCCCAACCCUUCCGCUUCGCAACGAAAUGACAUCCACCCACCACCCGCUUCUGAUGACGAAGACGACUUUAUGUCGGACAAAUACCUCGCCACAGACGAAAGCAAGCAGCCUUUGACAUACACUGACAAACGACGCAAGCUUGAAGCGCACAGCAGCCGCAAAAAGAGGCCGAAGAGCUUGAAGCAGCGCGAAGAGGAAUUAAGAGAGGAGGGGUUGGCCCGAGACCUGUUGGCUGAAGCCGAGAUUGUAGCUGGUGGGGGGCGAUUACAGCCUGAAAGCAAGGAUGGCAGCCGCAGAUGGGACUUGUUGGAGAAGCAGGAGGGUGUAGGAGAAGUGUUCCGGGAGGAUCUGGGUCAAGCGAGCGCGGGUGAGGAUGGAACAGCAAAAGCGAUGCGUAUGAUGCUUGCUAUGGGGUAUCGGAGAGGAGAAGCACUAGGGAAGCGGAUGCAGGAUGGCAAUAGACAGGACGAAGUUGAAGAGGUGGAAGAAGAGGAGGAAGAAGAAAGCGCGAAGAAGCGAGCAUCGACUGCUGGGGCGAAUCUCACGAGCCCACCAGACGACACAGACCCAUCCUCACUCGACACAGACGAAGAGCAAGCAGCGCAACAAGAACGAGCAGCUUCUCAAGCAAGAGAAGAAGACGAAUACCUUACCGGCGGCGCAUCCUCCUCUCUCCUCACUGCAAGCCUCGCUCACUCUCCUACCAGCAGUCCAAGAAUCCCUGAGCCUCUGCGACCAGACCAACGUUGGCUAGGCCUCAACCGCCGCGCCGGGAUCGGCAUGAUCCCCAGAACAUCCACCGACGUCUCUGCCGCCAUCCGAUCCAAGGCCAGCUCUUAUCUCCAUCAGCGACAACAACAAGCAGAAGCAGAAUGGGACUACAGAACGCGCAUCUCACGCGAACACCAAGAACGACACAACCAGCAGCUGCUCUCACGUGCUCGCAAAACGCUGAUCGAACUCGAUCGCUCCUCUUCAGACACGCAGUACAGCCCUCUUUGGCUCAACGCUGAUCUGUACCACGUUCUCUCCGGACACAAAGGUCAUGCAAUGGACGAAGGAACAAUCGAUGAGAAGAUGCAGAGAGAUCCUGCCUUCAAGGAGGCUGUCGAGCUGUUGCAGGCCGCGUUUGGGUCGGAGGACGUAGAGCAGGUGAAGGAAGCGAAGACAUUUUGUGAGUUGGGAACAAAGGAGCAGCUGGAAUUGGUGCUGGAGAGGUUGAGGGAGAAGUAUCAAUAUUGUCUGUUCUGCGGAUGCCGGUAUAAGGAUGCUGAUGAUAUCGCUGCGAACUGCCCUGGUGAGGAAGAGGAAGAUCACGAUUGA